GCAUUUUAGUGAGUGAUGAUUGGUGUGAUGAUUCUUCCGGUGCUUUUGAUGGACCUACCAAAUUCUCUGGCAAAAUGAAAUUAUUUCCGUAUGGCUUGAUCGGUUUCUUGCUGAUCAGUAUAAUACUAGUCAAGGGUACUUCUGCAGGAGUUUGGAAUGUUUGGGACAUACAGUACUGGAGAUGCAUUAUGAAGAAAAGCUAUAAUUGCCCAGACAAUGAUAUCAAAUAUUUUUUAUACACAAAAGAAACAGGAACCAAAAGACUGAGAAUAGAUGUAAGGAAUCCGUUAUCCUUGAAAUACUCUGGUUACGAUCCAAGCAAGAAAAAUGUUAUAAUCAUUCAUGGAUUCAAUGGAACAGAAAGCUUGAGUCCAAUCACUAUUUUAAGAAACGCCUACCUCACCAGGAACGACUACAAUAUCUUCACGGUGGACUGGGAGCCCAUCACCAGAUUUCCCUGCUACAUUUCCGCCCUUUCCAACACAAGACUGGUGGGUCAAUGCGCCGCCAAACUGUACGCCUACGUCAUGGCUAACGGCGGCGACGCCAAAGAAACGACGUGCGUCGGUCACUCACUAGGAGCCCACAUAUGCGGCAUGAUGAGCAACCAUUUGGACGUUAAACAACACAAAAUUGUCGGACUGGAUCCAGCUCGACCACUGAUAGAUAGGUAUGCGAAUAAAAAUUUCAAACUCACCAAGGAUGAUGCUCAUCAGGUGCAGAUUCUUCAUACGAACGCAGGAUUUCUAGGAGAAGUGAAUCAAGUUGGACAUGUCGAUUUUUGCAUCAACGGUGGAAGAUUCCAACCGAACUGUUAUGGAACAAGAUUACGUCGGGCGAGAUGCAGUCAUUUUCAAAGCGCCUGUUACUAUGCACAAACCGUUCGGUAUGGAAACUCCAUCAUUGGAAGACCCUGCGUAGCCAGUUGCCCCAAAAAGACUUCCAAUUGGGGAUACUUGCCAGGAAAAUCAGUAGCUAUGGGCGAAGAUACACCAUUUGGGAUCCAUGGAACGUUUUGUGUUCAAACUGACACAAAAAAAGACUGUCCUUUCUUCCAGUGAUUAUGUGAUUUGUUUAAAAUGUAUUUUUAUUUAUUUUCC